AUCAGCUGCACCUCCCUCUGCAGCACAAACCUCCGCUGGGGGCUCUGCUGGGAGGACCUGGGACGAGGCCACAGCCCCUGGAUCCUGAGCAGCCAUGUGCUACUCCAAGCUAGCCCAACAGGAUCACACUGAGCGUCGAAGCGGGAGAAUGUACCAGCAUGUAAACAAUUCCUAUGAUUACGUCAAAAGUCAACCCCAAGGAGAUGCACAGUUAAUCCAGGAUGACCCUAUUGAGGUUCUGCAGAACCGAAUGUGCAGUGAAAUAGUCAAUUUCUGUGGUAAUCUGAGACGUAAUUUCCAAGGACAUGCACAGGUCGAGUCUGAUCUAGAAGACAUGGAGGACCAAUUCAAUGAGGACUUGAUUGACACCGUGGGUGCUUACUGUAAGAAAAACAACCCGAGAUUUGCUGACCGAGUUCCCCAUAUGCAGCGGGAAAUACAUUCCAGAACCCGGAUGCUCUCUGGCCACAACCGGAGACUUGAGAGCCCUGUGACCCAGCAACCCAGGGAGAGCCUUUGUGACAAGAUAGAGAGGUUGUUCAAAAGGCUGCUGGAGCGACUGCAGAAGACCUGGCAGGCUGUGCUGGCCUGGGUGCAGGAGAAGGUGGCUGCCUGCUGGCGGGCCUUUUGCUCUGGAAUGAAGAAGAUCUGGAGUGUGUGUGAGCGUCUCUGGUCGUCUGUGGCACAGCUCUUCAUCCAGGUCUAGGGGGCUCCAGGGGUCCAGGAAGAGCCGCCACAGCUUGCAGCCCUUUGACUUCCCCUUCUCUGAAAGAAUCUUCUGAAGUGACCUCUGCCUCCUGCUCAUCCUUGACCUGUCCCUGACAACGUCCAUCACCUCCUCUCUGUGCACAGUCCGGCCACGCUGCCCGCCACACCCUCCUCGCCCGGGUAUCCUUCUGCAGGCCUGACUUGUGGCUCUAGCCCUGGUGUCUUAAUAAAAGUUGGUUGAACCAAA